UCAGCCGGCGUCUUGUUCUCUGUGGCGUUAUUGUGCGCCCAGAGCGCCAUCUCAAGCCACGUUUGUGACUCCCGGUCUUUCUUCCCUGCUGACUACACGGUGCCCGGCCGGCGUGGAGUGGGCGGGAUCGCCAGGGUCUGCUUCGCCACUAUGUCACUGGGACCGUCACAACCUGCACUCCGCGUUCUUGGCUUGACUUGAACUCGGAGUCGUCUGGAGUUUCAUCCACGUACCAGAACGAGCGCUUCGUUGUUGAAUCAGCCGGAAUCUUAAGGAGUUUGAGGUCCACGCCAACCAAAGACCAAUGGACGGAACUGCGUGACCCGCAACUUUAGCGAUGCCUGAAACGCAACUUCUCUACCCGCCACAUCAGCCUCCAAGACUUUACCUGGACCUGCUCCAGAGGCGUGCUGUGGAGGACCAGGUCGACCUGUGGUGGUUCCGAGAGCCACGUCGCUCCCUUAUGUGUUACUGCGCUUCACUUGCCCUCAUAUUAGGUCUGGGCCUGGGUGGGGUGUGCCUCCUGACCACCAUCACCACCAGCAUGUCCAGCGGGUGGCGCCUGGGGGUGGGCACCACCCUGUGUCUCCUAUCCCUGGCCGUCCUGCUCAAGCAGCUUCUCAGCUCCGCCAUCCAGGACAUGAACUGCGUGCACAGCCGGCGCCGAAUCGACCAGCUGAAGAGCGGCGGACGGGCUGACCCGGCACUGAUUCUGGCUGUCGGCGUGGCCCUGACUCUGUGCGGUACAGUUCUACUCUGUGUGACCACGAUCGACAAAGCCGGCCGGCAAGGGGACGACGGUGCGGAAAUGCUGGCGUCGAGUUUGGUGCUGAUGGCGGCCGGACUUGGCAUGGUUCUGGCUGUAGCGGGAUACGGCGUGCUGGUCUACCUUAAGAGAAGAAGGGAGCGGACCAGGAGGGUGAACGCGAUCAGAGCAAGGAGGCCAGGAGUUGGGUCAGUCCGUGUGUUCUGUGUCUCGGGAAGCCAGCUGAACCAGAACAGGAGAGAGAUGGCGUCCAGCAGAACCAGUCUGAUUUAACAGGGUCCAGCAUGGACCUUUGGAAGUCACACGCCGUUCUCCGAGGCUUCAAUUUGUUCGGACUUUGAUUUAACUGGAUUAACCCUUGUGUAACGUUCACAUUGUUGUUACUCAGCCAGCGUCCGUGGGUCCGAUGGACCCGUUGCAUUUAGUGGCUUUUAAUGCCUCACAAUCAGACACUUUUACGUUAAAAUACCGAACAGAUGUUUAUUAGGACAAGUUGAACAUCUGUUCAGUAUUUUAACGUAAAAGUGUUUGAUUGUGAAGACCCAUAAACGCUGGCCGAGUAACAACAAUACGAACGUCGCACAGGAAAUUUCUCUGCCAGUUUCUGCAUCCCACAGGGGUUCUUCUUUUGUGUUUCUGCGCCUGCGGUCCCCGCACAAGGUUGCAACAUUGUUGGUCAACACUGUCCGCUCUCAUUUUCUCGCACAUUUGACCCUCUGAUGUUCUGUGUACCUACACUCUGUCCUCCUUCUGUCUAGGCCAUGGGUGUCAAACUCUGGCCCGCGGGCCAAAUUUGGCCCUUGAGGCAAUAUCAAAUCAAUCAAUGUUUAUUUAUAUAGCCCCAAAUCACAAAUGUCUCAAAGGACUGCACAAAUCAUUACGACUACAACAUCCUCGGAAGAACCCACAAAAGGGCAAGGAAAACUCACACCCAGUGGGCAGGGAGAAUUCACAUCCAGUGGGACGCCAGUGACAAUGCUGACUAUGAGAAACCUUGGAGAGGACCUCAGAUCUGGGCAACCCCCCCCCCUCCCCCUCUAGGGGACCGAAAGCAAUGGAUGUCGAGCGGG